GAAAAACUGCAGGGCGAAGUGGCUGUGGGGCUGGAUUUCGUUUUGGCUUCUUAUGAAGAUAAGAGAGUCAUUCUAGUUGUGGACUUCCAUUACGCCAGUGUCAUGAUUUACGCCAAGUUGCUUUGGGGGUUUGUUCGAAAUGUCGCGACUGUCAAUCAUGACUUUGCCUAUUCAAAAAUACGCUCCUGCUGGCUUCCAUUAGAUUGAGUACAACUACAACAAUAGCUUCUCUCGAUGUCAAUCUCAAUCAUGAUGCUCGUGGCUAGUAGUCCUGGUAGUAUGUAAAAAUUGUUCCGUCCAUCAGCAAAAAUAUGGAUCCGAUUUGGUACAGCAAAACCCGUGAGGUGGUUCAGUACUGGGCGAAAGAUGUGGAGAGCGAUUCACCUUUGCUGUUCUCACGCGAGCUGUUCUUCUUUCGACAGUUUAUCCGCAGCAUGCAUGACCGGUUAAAGCGUGAAGUGGAAGGUCACUCCUAUGAAGCAGGCUCAGGCGAGCCUGCAUCGGAUGCCAAAAGCCCACACCUGCACAGAGUUGGAGAUUGUGGAAAUAUUGCACGACAAGGGGUUGCUGGCACGAAGCAUGGCGGGUCAUCCCCGUCAGGCCUUUCACGGGCGGUCGCUCAGAACGCAGUACAGCUCAAAAAUCCAUUCCUCGCAUCAGUUGAAGGAGAUGAAGCUUUGAAUCAAACCGACGUGAAGGACAUGGCCGGUGACUCGCCCUCUAGUCCCAGUUUGUCGGCCAGAAAUGUAGGUACGAGAAGCAAGGGCACAGACGUCUUUGAAGAAAAACGGCAGGAGCAGAUGGAGGGAGAAACUGUGGGACUACAGAAUCGCACAGGGGAUCGAGGAGUGAGAUACGAUGCAGCAGGAAAAAAGAAACGAAAAUGGGACAAGGAAACCGUUUACGUCAAGCAUGAGGUAUCGUUGUUUCUUAUUUCUUAGUCGUAGACUGUAACUGUUUCGUUGUCCAUUUUUCUUCUACUUUUCGCUGUUUCAUCUCAGGACUACAACUUGCGAUGUUCUUGAUGAAGAUUAGCCCCCUUAGAAGGUCCUUUUCUACUCGCGGUCGCGGCAAUGAUCGUUUAUAGUUUGUCUUUAUUUAUUUUUAUUGCUAUUGCAGUUUUAAACACUUUUACUUAAUUGUUAGAUUUUUGAAUGUAUAUAUCAGACAACAGAGCCUUUGGACGCGGAGAUCGCGUCGGAUGGGGAGGAUGGAGAACGCUUGCUGCCUGAACCCCUUGUUGAUAGCGAGUUGAUUGCACCGGGACAUGUGGCGGCUGGCGCUGAGCAAACGGGAGGUGAGGUAGAUCAGGAGGCGCCGGAACUCACUGAGUACGAAGCCGACCAAGUAGCUGCAUGGAGUAGUUUGGCGGCUGAGGCCGCGGAAGAUGGAGACUACGCAUCUGCAGUAGCAGACAUGACCAAAGUAUUGAAGCUCGUGCAGCCGCGAGCAACAGCUAUGCAGUUCGCGAGACGCGCGGACUACUAUCUUCGCCUCAGAAGACCGGUUGCAGCGGUGCAAGACUGUGAUCGUGCGCUCGAGCUCAAUCCCGAUUCUGCAAAAGCAUUUCGAGUGAGGGGAAAGGCGAAUAGGUACUUCAUGUUUUGAGUUUUUCGCCCGAUUUUUGUUUUUGUUUAGAUCGUUAGGCUCCAGAGUACGUAGUACUCCCUCUACGAGUCUUUUUGGAUGAACAAUGUGAUUUUUCUGUUGUUCUCAUUCAGCGCUCCACUUUUUCUCUACCAAUAGAAAACUGCAGCGCUGGGACGCGGCGCACACCGACCUUGAAACGGCACAGAAGCUGGAUUUUGACGAAGGUGUGGAAGAGACUCGGAAAUUUGUCUUAGCGAAAUGGAAGAAGCUACAGGCAACGCGCGUUCAGCGGCGCGUCGAAGUGGAGCAGCGACUAGAACGCGAGCGUGAGGAGAAGAGAAAGCGCGAGGCGGAGCUCGUGCGGAGGAAAGCAGAAGAACAGAAGCUGAUCGAGGACGAGAAACGACGCAAGCUCGUUGAGGAGAUGAAAAAAGAGGCGGAAAUCAUCAAAAACAGAGAAAAGGUGUUUGAAUCACACUUAUCCAAUCGAUCCUUUGGCGGUGUCGGGCCACCGGUUCGGCCGUUUCAGGGAAACGUGUACAGCAUCCCACCUGUGACACCCGCAGUUGGACGUGCACCUGGGUACGUUGCGCCACAGCCGACAGGUUCACGCUUUUCAGCAAAUCAUGCAACCAGCUCAAGACCAGGCUCUAAAACAACCUGUCAGACCGCCGGAUCCCCGACCCUUGGAGUUGGUGGUAGGAAUGUGUCCGCGGGAAGUGGAUCUGGGGACAAUCUACCUGGUGUCGGCUCGGUUGCAUUCGCAAAUCUUCCACCAAGACCACCAGAGAAAGACGUGUACUCGAUGUACAGCAAUCUGGCAGGUACUUUUGAAGAGUACCUAUUCGCUUUACUAGUGGUGAUCCUUCUCUUCCUAGCUCAAAACAUUGAAGCAACCUUUGCAUCGGAGAGAAGCGCAGCAAUGCCAAUGUGGAAGUAUCAACUAAUUUUUGUGUAGUUGAGCCUCAUACUGCGCCAACAGCACUGCGCCAUGAAUACAUAUGUUGGUUCCUUCAUUAUCGACUCACAACAGGUGGCAUUACCGCAGGCCUUUCAAAAGUCGCGGCACCAGAGGAUACCUCAGGAGCUUCCACGGAACCAGCGAAUAUGGCUGGAUUUUUCUUCGAUCCGGCACAAAUGCCAAACGCAGAACCCACGAAAUUUGUGCCGGGUUUCGACGCAGCGUCGGCUCCUGGAGCUGCUUACGACCCUUUCGCACGACCCACAGUGCCAUCCAAUCGUUCGGGUGAAGACGAUUAUUACAGCGCAGUCAAAACAAGUCAGACUUCAUCGAAAAACUCUGACGUCUCUUCCCAUCGUCGAAGAUCCCGCUCACGAGAUCGAUCAAAGCGCAAAAACCCCUCAUUGCCUGGUAGCGAUAACUUUGUUAGUCUUUGA